CGCGCUGCUGCCGGCGGCCGCUGGGAGGGAGCCGGGCGGGCUAAGAUGGCGGACGGGGUGCUGAGCCCCGGGGUGAACCUGGAGGCCUUCUCCCAGGCCAUCGCCGCCAUCCAGGCGCUGCGCUCCAGCGUGACGCGGGUCUUCGACUGCCUAAAGGAUGGCAUGCGGAACAAGGAGACCCUGGAAGGCCGCGAGAAGGGCUUCGUGGCCGCCUUCCAGGAGAGCCUGCACUCCGUCAGCCGCGACUUGGGUGAGCUGGAGCGACUGAGCAAUCUGGUUGGUAAACCAUCUGAGAACCACCCCUUGCACAACAGCGGACUGCUGAGCCUGGAUCCUGUUCAGGACAAAACUCCUCUUUAUAGCCAACUUCUUCAAGCCUACAAGUGGUCAAAUAAGCUGCAGUACCAUGCCGGGCUAGCAUCUGGCCUUUUGAAUCAGCAGUCUUUGAAACGCUCAGCCAACCAGAUGGGAGUAUCUGCGAAACGCAGACCGAAAGCCCAGCCAACAACUCUCGUCUUACCUCCUCAGUACGUUGACGAUGUGAUCAAUCGCAUUGACAGGAUGUUCCCUGAAAUGUCUAUCCAACUCUCCCGGCCCAACGGGACCUCUGCAAUGCUGCUGGUUACCUUAGGAAAAGUGUUAAAAGUGAUAGUGGUGAUGCGGAGCCUCUUCAUUGACCGGACAAUAGUGAAAGGAUACAAUGAGAACGUCUAUACCGACGAUGGCAAGCUUGACAUAUGGUCCAAAUCCAACUAUCAAGUUUUUCAGAAGGUGACGGAUCAUGCGACCACUGCCCUGCUGCACUACCAGCUGCCUCAGAUGCCCGACGUGGUAGUCAGAUCUUUCAUGACCUGGUUAAGAAGUUACAUAAAGCUGUUCCAGGCUCCGUGCCAGCGCUGCGGAAAGUUUCUGCAGGAUGGCCUGCCGCCCACCUGGAGGGAUUUCCGGACACUCGAAGCUUUCCAUGACACUUGCAGGCAGUAGCAGCGCAGCCCUGCAGGUGACGUGUGCGGAGUGAGCGGUGUCGGGCCGGGAGGAGAGCUGCUGACCCAUCCAUGCUGUGCUAAGUAGUGAGGUUGCACUAAUACAGUUUGCUGUUUUAAAGUCCUCACUCUGCAAGGCACGUGUGAGACUGAUGGGUUUCGGAGGAGGUGGUGAGGAGCUCUUGGAGCUUGGUGCUUUUCAGCUGGAAUGAUCCAUCUGACGAGGUCUGAUGGUAAUCAUCUUCAUCCUGGAUGUUAAUGAAAGGGUCCCUGGAUGCUUUGUGUUUUGCGACAGAAUUUGCAACGUUAAAGACUUUUUUUAUAAGCUUGAAAUAAAUUUUGUAUUUCAGAA